AUGUCUAUUGGUCAUCAUCAUGAUGAUCUCUUUAUCAGGCUGUCAGGCUGUGGAGUCACAGAGGAAGGCUGUGCUUCUCUGGUCUCAGCUCUGGAGUCAAACCCCUCACAUCUGAGAGAGCUGGAUCUGAGUAACAAUGACCUGAAGGAUUCAGGAGUGAAGCUGCUCUCUGCUGGACUGGAGGAUCCACACUGCAGACUGGAGAAACUCAAGCUGUCAGACUGUGGAGUCACAGAGGAAGGCUGUGCUUCUCUGGUCUCAGUUCUGGAGUCAAACCCCUCACACCUGAGAGACCUGGAUCUGAGUAACAAUGACCUGAAGGAUUCAGGAGUUAAGCUGCUCUCUGCUGGACUGGAGGAUCCACACUGCAGACUGGAGAAACUCAAGCUGUCAGGCUGUGGAGUCACAGAGGAAGGCUGUGCUUCUCUGGUCUCAGCUCUGAGGUCAAACCCCUCACACCUGAGAGAGCUGGAUCUGAGUAACAAUGACCUGAAGCAUUCAGGAGUGAAGCUGCUCUCUGCUGGACUGGGGAAUCCCCACUGUAAACUGGAGACUCUGAGACUCACUGGCUGUAAACUCACAGACACAUCCUGUAAAGUGUUGGCCUCAGUUCUCAUUUCAAACCCCUCACACCUGAGAGAGCUGGACCUGAGUAACAAUGACCUGAAGGAUUCAGGAGUGAAGCUGCUCUCUGCUGUACUGGGGAAUCCCCACUGUAAACUGGAGACUCUGAGGCUGUCAGGCUGUCUAGUCACAGAGGAAGGCUGUGCUUCUCUGGUCGCAGCUCUGAGGUCAAACCCCUCACACCUGAGAGAGCUGGACCUGAGCUACAAUCACCCAGGAGACAAGGGAGUCAGACUGCUCUCUGCUAGAUGGGAGGAUCCACACUGCAGACUGGAGAAACUCAAUGUGGAACAUGGUGGAGAGAACAGAAUGAAACCUGGGCUUAGAAAAUAUGUCUGUGAUCUCACACUGGACCCAAACACAGUAGACAGACUCCUCUCUCUGUCUGAGGAGAACAGAAAGGUGACAUGUAGGACAGAGAAGCAGACGUAUCCUGAUCACCCAGAGAGAUUUGAGGACUGUGGACAGGUGCUGUGUAGAGAGGGUCUGACUGGGCGCUGUUACUGGGAGGUAGAGUGGAGUGGAAGAGGGGCUGUUAUAGGAGUGACAUAUAAAGGAAUCAGCAGGAGAGGAAGGGGUAAUGACUGUUGUCUUGGAUACAAUGACAAGUCCUGGAGUCUGUCCUGCUCUGACAACAGUUACAUUGCCUGGCACAAUGAUAAACCCACUACCAUAGACGUCCCCUCCUCCAGCUCCCACAGAGUAGGAGUGUGUCUGGACUGGCCAGCCGGCACUCUGUCCUUCUAUAGAGCCUCCUCUGACACACUGACCCACCUGAUCACAUUCACCUCCACAUUCACUGAGCCCCUCUAUCCAGGGUUUCAUCUUUGGGGUUGUGGCGACUCAGUGUCCCUGAAAUAAUAGUAAUUGUCACACAGACAUUGUGAUAUACACACACACACACACACACACUGGACACACACACACACAUUGGACACAGUGGACACACACACACUGGACACACACACACACACACACACACACACACACACUGGACAAACACACACACACACUGGACAAACACACACACACACUGGACAAACACACACACACACACUGGACAAACAUAGACA